AUGGGCCUCACCCUCACAGUGACUUGCGCCGCAGAGAUCCCCGCCUUCCACCUGCAGGGCGCCGUGCUGCGGCGCGUGCGCGUCGAGGCGCUGCUGCACUUUGUGAUCGCGACGUACGCGCUGCGGCUCGCGCUGUACGCGGCGCUGCCGGCCGCGGGCAGCGCGUGGGCGGUGCUGCCGAUCGAGCUGCUGCACGGCGUCACCUUUGGGUGCGGCUGGGGCGGUGGCACUGUGCAAUGCAAGCGGCUGGCGCAACGACUGGGGGUCAGCGGGGUGGAGGCGACGAUGCAGGGCAUAUUCCAGGGCCUUUACUUUGGCGUUGGCCAGGGCCUCGGCGCCCUGGGAGGCGGCUUGCUCAUGCACCGGUUCGGCGGCCAGGCCAUGUUCGCUCAGGCCUCCGCCAUCACCCUCGCCGCCUGGGCGCUCUGCGCCGCAGCUGCGGCCGCGGCGCGCGCUUACGAGGCCGCGGACGGGCCGGAGUCGGCCCCGGGGCGGGCAGGGAUUGCGGAGCGGUUGGGGCGGCUGCUUGGGUACAGGCAGCGGCAGCCAGGGGUGGCCCCAGGCGCUCUCGGCAAGGCCGCUGCCGGCAGAUUGGGCUACAGCCAGCUGAAGAGCAAGGACAGCGGGCCCGACCUGUCUCUUCAGAGGCCAGACGGCUGGGAGCCUGUGUGA